GGGCAAUAGCUCUGCAGCACAGGCACCAAUCCACCUGAACUCUCCUGGGUCAGGAGUGAGUUACACUUAAAUUGCCAAUUACUGCCUAUUGACACCUCUGUGCUGGCUCUGAGCUAAACAGUUUUGUUCCCAAGUUUGUGAAUGGGCAAAUAUAGCUCCUGUCUCCAGGUGCUGCAGUAACACAACAAGCCCCUUAGGGCCUUUUCAGAAGUUGAGGCUGCAGAAGUUCAGAAACUUUUAAUGACAUCAAUUGAGACCUGACUGUUGCUGGGGCCAUAACUUCAUGAGACACCGGCACUGGGGACACAACAGGCUUUGGGCAUUCCUGCUUCCUCCGGAGGUUCUGUUGAAGGCACGUGGCUAUUUUCAACUUGGAUCACAACAGGAUGUGGUUUAAUGCUUUGGCUCUAUGACUGGCUGAUCCAACACAGCCAAUGGGAUAUGUCUGGUGGCCUGAAGGUAUGAAACAACACGGCUGGGGACUUCCCAAGCUGUCAGCGCCAGCAUCCCCUGACAUGCAUGAAGAUGUGUCAGUCCUACAGUGCCCAGUAUCAUGACAAUGUGCCUCUUGGGGACAGCAAAGCUCUGGGCUGGCAGACAUGGCUGCCAUUCAGAUAGGCCUCGGUGGCCCAGAGAAACAGGGAAGCACAAACCCCUGAUGUUCAGCCAAGUCUGCUGCAAAUUCUUGCCCCUGGGUAGGUUAAUCCCAUGCCACACGGCUGCCCAGUGGGCAACAAGCUGUGCUGCAGGCAGCAGGCAACCACUGCAGCCUGAUCUGGAUUCAUGAAGGGCAGCUCAAGGAGCACUUGUGGAAGUGCCACUGCAGGGAAGGGCCCACUCUGGGGCUCCACGGUGCAGGAAAUGCCCUGGCUAAUGGCAACAAGGAUGGGGGGAGGGAUGGAGAGGGGGGCAUUAAGCUGGUCAGGGCCUGCAGUACAGCAUGUCUGAUGAGAGGCUGAGACUGGGCUGGGUUGGCCUUCAGAAGAGAAGAGGAGACGUCUGACUGCUAUCUCCAGCUGCCCGAAGGGAGGAGGAGAUGAUGCAGGCAGGCUCUGCCUGGGGGUACAGCACAGCAAGGCAGAGGGCAACAGACACAAACUGUAAUGUGGAAAAUCUUUCCUAGACAAAAGGAAAUGGUUCUUCAUAAUGAAGAUGGUCCCACUCUGGAGCAGGUCUCCAAAAGUGUGAUAGGAUCCCUGUCCGUGAAGGUGCCCAAACAAGUCCCGGCAGAGCCUGGUCUGACAGGACCAGAGGCCCUGAGGACCUUCCAGCAGAAAUCCCAGGCCAAGAAAUGACACUAAUAACCAAGAAUCCAGCCAGACACCACUAGCAUAGCACCUAACGCUCAGAGAUUAUUUGUUAAUUACUGGCCAUCCGAUAAUUAAUUAGGCUUGUGAUCAAGACCGGAGAAAAGGCCCACCCCUCACACCUUGCUCCCUGCCCCUCAGCCUUCCCAGGGGCCUGCAGGCAGAGUAGGGGAGGACCAAGGCUAGGGCCAAGGUAGGGGAGGCGGAGGAAGGGAGACUUCCAGCUCCAAAAUACACUUCUGUGGGGGGAAAUGGAGGGUGUGCUGGCAGCAGAAGGGCUGAGUCCAAAGGAGCUCCGUGCCAGGGAGGGAGUCUCCUGUUUGUGCCCAGCUGCACUAUCACUUCUUUACCACAGAGAUGGGAAUGCUCUCAGGCCCCAUGCUGGCCUUUGCAGACUGGUGUGGGGAAAGCCUUCUUGCCACAGUCCCAAACUGCUGCGAGGGGAGAGGUUUCUGAGCAGCUUCUGGAAGCAGGGAAGCAGUGCACCUUGCACUUGCUGGAGCCCCAUAAGCCACUCUUCAAUCCAGAUCAAUUGUCUAGAAGAAACCAAGGUUAUCAAAGAAAGCUAUUCUUAGUCACAAAAAUGAGGAAAACAAGCUGGAAGAGUGCAGGCGGAAAGGCCUAACUCUGACAUAUUCCCGGGCUCGGGCUCUUUCUCAAGGGUGUUUGUGAGCCAAUAGGGCUGCAGAGCCUGCAGCACUACCGCAGUCCCAGAGUGGGAUCAACACUGAGUGUCUGCAGCUGCCAAGAUGCUCAGGAAGCUUCAGACCAGCCCCAGUCCCAGCCUCUGGAGGGCUGGAGCAGCAUCCUCAGGACUCUGUUGCCUUUACUCACUGUGUGCUCCCACAGCAUCCCAAACCACUCUGCCUAAGUGGCUGUGCCUGAGCAAUUACGUGCUGUAACAGGGGAUCUUUUCCCACGUGCCUCCGAGGGGUAUAUCAAAUUCACCCUGCUGUCCCAAACUUCUGGUGCUGCCAGAUACACCUGGUGUGAAGAGAGGAAGCAUCAUUUCCAGGUAAGCUGUGCAGGCACUGGGUCAUCUCUGGAUGUGUUUAAAACCGGCUGUAUGUGGUGCUCAGGGUCCUGAUUUAGUGGAGGGUUGUUAAGGUAGUUUGGUUAGGUUGCGGCUGGACUUGAUGAUCUUUAAGGUCUUUUCCAACCUGAGCUAUUCUGUGAUCCUAUGAUCCUAUGAUCAGGUGUCCCCACCCGACAAGCAGGGCAAAUGCUCAAUAACAGGACUUUAUGUAUAGGGUUAAGGAGGGAAGGAGUUCGCCCCACACAUGGUCCUGCAAGACCAGAACUGGCAGAUAUGUCUUUGCAGUGCUACUUGGCAGCUUGUUGAGUACCCAGUGGCCUGGAACAGGUCCCACAGUUCACCCAUCAGCAGCUUGCCUGCAUGUAGCAACAGAGGAACCGCCCUUUCUGCAAACACUGCUCUGAGCAGGAACAGACGUGUUGCUUGCUUGUGUGUUGCUGCAUUUGCCAUCUGCUCCUAGCCUUGCCAUGAUAGGUGGCAUAGGUGGCUCUGCAAACCUAGUGAGACCAUGGUAUAGGCAUGUGCUUCGCAAAGAGGAGCUCUGAUCUGCUGCUCCCCACUCUAUCUUGAGCUCACCUGUCUCAUAUUAGGUUUGAUAGCAAAUCAAAAUCAAUUUAAUUAGCAGAAAGGCAAACACUUCCAGUGACUGCAGAUUUAGUUGCAAACCCGUAUGGUUAUUAGAAAAUGAAACAAAUGUGCCACUUGUAUACCAUUUACUCAACACCUUUGACAUUUCGUCCUUCCCUUUCAGGGCUGGGAGGGGGCACAUCCAACCUGCUCUGGCUCAGCCCUCUUGCUGCCAGCACCCCCCACUGAAGCAACUGUUUCUUGGGGAGACUGCAGUCUGGAUAUGUCCCCUGGAGGCAGAGAGCCAUGGAGUGCAGGGAGGGACUGGAGUGGGUGCUGGGUUUGUCUGUGCACUGUCUUCAGGGGAACCAGGCAUGUGGUUUUCCACCUCCACAUUAUUAAACUGACACAAAAGGCUCUGUGGACACCUACUUACAGUUAGAGCAGUUUUAUUUUAAGUAAAGGGAAAAGUUCUACGGGGUCGCAGAUUUAGGAACCAAAUCCUCUCCUGCCUUUACGCUGGUCCCUUGUCCAAGCCUUGGUGCAUUAGAACUGAGGUGAUUCCUGGGUUCAAGCCAUUUCUGAAACUGAGUUUAAGCUGCUAGCUGACACAGGUUUGUCUGUGCCAGGUUCACCCACAGCAGAUGCUCUGGCAUAGGGCUCUGCUCCCCAUGCAGCAGCCUCCUCCCUUUUGGGCUCUGCUUCUCCAGAGUGACUAUGUAAUGCCAUGCCCCCUCCAAUGGACUCUCCCUUUGCCAAAGCAGCUUCCUCCUGCUCCAGCAGGUCCUCACUCCCUGUGCACCACCCAGCAAGGUCUCACUAAUGUUCUUCGGUGUUGGUAUUUUCCCACACAGAUUACAAACUAUUCCUGCUGUUGCCAAGGCAAGUUUGGCUUCUCUGCCACACUCACAUUACCCUAUACUGACUGGACUGCUGGGCAUCCAGCGGAGGUCCCUGUGGGCACACUUCUCCUGGUCCCAGAGGUCCUGUGCACAGCCAUUCCCAUUAGCACCCCCAGCAAUUGGUUUCCUAUUUGCAACACAUCACAGCCCUUGGUGUUUUGCUCUAGAAUGAUGUUACUGUGGCCAGCCUCUCCCCCAGGUCUUCCAGGAGCCUUCCUGAUGCUCCCUGCUCUUUCACCCCUGCUCCUGCUCCCCUGCCGAAUUAACUGAGCUUGCAAUGUUGUUUUCUGAGAUCUAGGCAACUGAUAGCUGUGUCAUUUCCACUGUUGAAAAAAAAAAGCAAGUGUCUUAGGAAGGCUGGACAGCAAGUUUUUCUAGCACAAUCUCCCUUUGGAAGCCUGGAUUUAUGUUUUAUCAUAACUUCCACUUUUCUUUCCUCGAAAGCCUUUCAAAAGCUCAAAUGAACUUUCAUUCUCUCAUCAGAUGUAGAUACUUCACAAAGAUACUUUACAUCUCUUCUGAAGGAAGCAUUGAUUGCUCCUGAGUUCAGGUUCUGUUCCUGAGUUCAGGUGCAGACAUGUUCCCUUCCUGCAGCCCCCUGAUGUGCAGCAGACCUCUGAAGACUUUCCUCCCUGCGUGAUGCUGCUGCCCCCAUGCCUUCAGCUUGUCCCGGUCACCCUACCUUUGCCAUAAAUUGUCACUGUUCUUCUUGAAAACUGUGACUGGGUGUGCUCUGACCUCAUGGACUCUGAGCUGAGAAGUACCUCAUGGGUGCCUGUACUUCAACUGGCUGAAAAGUGUAUAUUAAUCUCUUGAGGCUGCACACAGUUUUCAUUAUCUCUCUGUACUCCUUCAUCUUUAAAUAGAGACUUUUCUUAGGGCUUUUUCUUUUCUUUCCUUGCGGGCAUUCCACUUGUUCCAAACAUUGUCCUCAGUGUACAUAUGCUGCUUGCUUGCUUGAAUCGUAGAAUGGUUGAAGUUGGAAGGAACCUCCGAAGGUCAUCUUGUCCAACAGCUCUGCUCUGCCAGCUUCUCCCUCAAGCUUAGGAGGGAGUUUUAGACAGGUUUCAUCUUUGGCUUCACAAAGCAUCAUUCAUUUUCUAUGUUUGCGUGCUUGAAUUCCCAAAUCUGUCCACCUGCAAUAACUUUCUUUCCUGACUUGUGCAUGAUCUCAGAUAUAGCCACCAUUCUGCUCUUAUUGAUCUUCCCAUUUACACAAACUGACAUUGACUCAUGCUUACUCUAGCUGAAGUUAUUUUCUACAAAUAGCUUUUCUAUAAGCAGCCUGUUUUUCAGGAACAAGAACAAAAACCCUAUCAGCUCGCUUCAUGCUUUGACCUAGUAAAAAUAUGUGAGAUGACACAUCCAAGGGUAUUUGGAAUGCCUAAUAGACCAGGCAGUGAUUUAUAGCCUCCCCCCUCCAAAGAGUUUCUCUUCCUGGCAGAAUUUCUCUCCUUAGGCUUUGUCCUUGCUGCAGUCUGGCUGAGGGGUCUGAGCAGAUCUUCCUUCCCCUCCUUCCCAAGAUGAUUUUGGACCCAGGAAGUCUUUUGGAUCCAGUGUCUUUCCAGGUGUUGUGCUAUGCUCCCCCUUCCCGUCUCCCUUUCUUGCACUCUCCUCCUAGAAUUAGAUGAUCUUUGAGGUUCCUUCCAACUCCAGCCAUUUUAUGAUUCCGUGAUUCUCCACUGUCUGCUCUGGUUACAGCAGCUAUUUCUCUGACCUCCAGGAAUAUCUGCUGUUAAGGGACACUUCAUCUUGAAGUUUGAGCUCCUCCAUGUUGGCUUUGCCUGAAGCCACAACCAUUUAUGUUAUUUCCUAUGGACCAUCUGCUCUUCCUGAGCCAGAGAUGCGCCUUUUGUUUAGCUGUGCUGUUUUCCCAGCUGCCGUUAUCUCUACAGGUUCUUCCCUUUCCUCUGUCUCUCCUCUCUGUGGUCAUGCCCUUGUUUACCAGCACAUACCAUAUUGAGCACGGGGAGUGUACGCCUCUCCUUCAGCCUCCAGUCCCUUCGUGGUUUAAAACCUGAUGUGUCACUUCUCCCACACUGGAUCUUGAAAGGCUUCUCCUUUCCUGCCAGAAUGCCUCCAUGCAUUGGAAGGAGUGUGUUCUUGGAAGUUCCCAGUUCUGCAAGCACCACAGACUUGCUCAUGAGACCAAACCACUGGCUGUCAGCUGCUCCCUCCCUCCCCAGUUACACGCCUGCCUCAUUUUUUGGGCACCAGGACAAAUGUACAGCACAGCCCUGAAUUCCCACAUAGUUGAUCACAUCCCCUACAUGUUGAGCACUGCUUCUGUUUUCCCUUGUUUAACAGUUCCUGGGAUCCUUACUGACCACAGUGUGAGAUCCCUGCUUUCUGUUGUUACUUGGGCAAUGCAGAGUUUUGCCUCGUUUAACAGCAGGUCCUGUCUUAGCUCAGAAGGCAACAUGGGGAGGUGGCUUUGCUGGCUUUUUUGCUGGCUUGCAUGGCUUUGCUAUGAGUUCUUCAAGCCAUUGCCUGAAGAGCUGGAGCCGUUUUGGACAGGUCUGUCUGUUUUCUACCUAAGCCUGCUGGCAACCCUUGGGGUAAGUGGCCAGAGAGCAGUCCCUGUGCCAGCUGAAAAGCCAUGGGGCAGUGGGAACAUGCAUGGGAAUGCAUGUGUGGCAUCCUGUGGUGUUUACUUGAGGAUUGAAACACCAUGGGCUGAGACUCACCACCUGCCCACAGACUUCUCCCAUCUCAGAGCCCUUUGAGUCAGUUGUGAGAUCUAAGGAUUCCCAGAGAUUGUGGCACAGCUUCAGCCCAUGACACAGAAGAACAGAGGGCUGGAGAUAUCCCAUGGCAGGGCUAAGCUUUCACCUCCUUCUGCCUGUCCUGUGUCUCUUCUUGCUCUCCCCGCAGAUGAACCCUGAGUCCCUGCAGGGGGGAAAUCUCAGCAGCCCCACCUCAUUUCUUCUCUUGGGGUUUUCCACUGCCUACAGAGCACAGGUAUCCCUCUGCAUGGGCUUCUCGCUCAUUUACUUGGUGACUGUGCUGGGGAACCUGCUCGUAAUGACGCUGGUCUGGCUGGACACUCACCUGCAGUCCCCCAUGUACUACUUCCUGGGCCACCUCUCCUUCCUGGACAUCUGCUACUCCUCCGUCACACUGCCUAAGAUCCUCAGAGACUCCUUCUCGCCACAGAAGACCAUUUCCUUGGUGGGAUGCAUCACGCAGAUCUACUUCUUCCUUUGCUUUGGGGGCUGUGAGUGUGUGCUCCUGGCUGCCAUGGCCUACGAUAGGUACCUGGCCAUCUGCCACCCCCUCCACUACACAGCACUGAUGAGCAAGAAGAUCUGCCGCAGCCUAGUGGCUGUCUCAUGGUUGAGUGGCUCCUUCUCAUCUCUGAUCCAGGCCCUCCUCACAGCCCGCUUACACUUCUGUGAGUCCAAUGUGAUCAACCAUUUGUUCUGUGAGAUCCCCUUCUUGCUGGAAGUGUCCUGCAGCCCUAAUGCUCUUCUCAACAAGGCUGUCUCAUAUGCGUUGGCUGCGACUAUUGCCGUGGGCUCUUUCCUCCUUACUCUCGCAUCAUAUGUUCACAUCCUCCAGGCUGUGCUGCAGAAGGGAGCAGGGAGGCAGAAAGCCUUUGCCACCUGCACCUCCCACCUGACCGUGGUGUCCCUGUUCUUUGGUGCUGGGGCUGUUACAUACCUGGUGCCUCAAUCCAGCAGCUCCAAGGAGAUAGACAAGAUCCUCGCCCUGAUGUACGCCAUUGUAACCCCCAUGCUGAACCCCAUCAUCUACAGCUUAAGAAGCAGCGAGUUCCAAGGAGCCAUCAGGAAAGCCCUGUGCAGGGGUAUCACUGAGAUCCCCCACGGGCAGAGCAACCUCUGCCCUCACCAUGCUGCAGGUGACCCAGCAUGAUGGGGGAACUGGGACCCUCAGACCAGUGACAGGCAGAAGGAUGAACUCCAGGGAUGUGAGCAGACCAGGAGCAAAUCCAUAAAACUGCUAUGCCUUGGCCACAGGUUUCCCAAUAAAUAAUUCUGGGAGCUGUUUUCUUAAGAAAUAGGUAUUGUCCAGGUAAAGAAGUUGUACUGAAUGUCCACGCAGUGCCUUUGUUGUGACAGUGCCCUUGGUAAGACUUGUUUUUUUUAUUAAUCAUUUAUCUGCUGUGGGGCUUUGUCAGGCUUUCUGGAAAGAGCUUUUAUUCCUAAGCAAAGCUCUUUCUGAGGUGAAACAAUGUGAAGUGCAGCAGUAAUGCUGUGCUGUAAGCAUCUCCUGCUAAGUGGUGGAUAAUCUUGUCUGGGCUGGUCUUGCAGACACUGCAGAGCCGGAUGCUUUUCUCUUAAUGCAAUAAAAUAUGGAUAAGUAGGAAAAGCAUUGUCAUGGGAUUGAUUUUUGUAGUGUCAGGAAUCAAAGCCAACCCUGGGAACAGACAUCUGCUUCUGCAUGCAGAAUGGUAGUGACAAGGCAGGAGUGUAGGUGGCACCUGAGCAUGCCUGGGGAGAGCAGAUUAUUCUGGCUCAUGCCAUGCUUUCAGAAAGAGUACACGGGGCUUUUGGCAUCAUACAGAGCUGGGAAGGCAUUGUUUGGGGGUCACAGAUAAAAGGAAAUGAAAAGACACUGCAAUUGCAUCUUGUGUAUAAGAAAAUGCGCCUACAGGCACAGUGAAACACAUCCUUCUUGGACCUGAGCCGAAUGCUGAGCUGUGGUGUCUCUGCAAGCAAGACUCUGAGAGGCUCCUGUUCAGCAGAAAUUGUGGAGACUGGUUUUCUGUGAUGGGAACUCCUCCCUGGUGGAAAGAAGUGUUUCCCAGUAGGAACUUAGCAUGACUUAUCCAGCUGAAGUGAGGCUGCUGCACAUGCUCCCGUAGCAUCUCAUUAAGACAUAGCCAAUUCGGGAACCUGGUUUGCAGGACAGCUACAAAAUUGUCUGCUCCUUUGGCAGUAUGACAGGAAUGGACAAACUGAGCUUAACUAAAGAAGAGCAGAGUCAUUGGAGAUAAAAGAAACAUUUCCCUUUUACAAGAUUUACCUGCUUUCUCUAUAACAGUGGUCUCAAAUGUUGGCUGCGUGCACCCCAGUGGGUGUGCAAGACUGUCCACUGGGGGGUGGGAAGAAAA